AUGUUGAUAAAUCUGUGAACCAGGAAGGAGAUAUGGCAGCAGCUGCUCUCACGAUCUCGUCGGCUCGCUCGGAAGUGGUGGAAUUCACCAAGCCAUGGAUGUACAGCGGCAUCAGCAUGCUCUACAAGCAUCUUCCCGUGGACUCCGGAAGUGGAUGGAUGUUCCUGCGUCCCUUGACACUGUCCACGUGGAUAGCCGUGGCGAUCAUGUAUGUGGCCGUGUCGUCAGCGUAUUGGGUAGUGGCCAGAUGCUCCUCCGAGGAGCGGCGGAGGUCCACAGAGAGUGGAGAACCUGUUUUUGGUAUCUUUAAUUCAUUCUGGGCCGCCUUCAUUCCUCUUCUCUUAAGGGGGAAUCAGGAGAUGCCGCAGGCUUUGUCAACGAGGCUCCUGACGGGAAUCUGGUGGUGCUUCUCCCUCCUCAUCCUCGUCCUCUACAGCACGGUGGUGGCGAAGGAGUUCACGACGGCGCAUUACAGACCCAAGGUCACCUCUUGGAAGGACCUCGCCGAUGGAGUCGUCAAUUUCGGUGCAAGCAAGAGAGAUGCUCUCCAGUAUUUCAAGAAUUCGAAGAUUCCGGAAUAUCAGAAGAUCGGCGAUUUUCUGGCCUCCCAUCCGGCAUUCUCGACCUCGGGCAUCUCUGAAGGACUGCUUCGGGUGCUGCAGAACCCGGGCACGUACGCCUACCUCAUGGAGACCGCGUCGGCCGAGUACUUAGCUGCCCUUGUCGUCCUCGGUCCCGAAUUUCAUCGCAAUGAGCUGAGCAAAGGGAUCCUGCAGGUGCAAGAACAAGGUGCCUUGCAUGCUAUUUACAGGAAAUAUUGGAAAGAUCGCUCCAAGUGCCCUGACACCACCAAACUGUUCGACCAGCCGCAACUGGACUUACCUCAUCUCGGUGGGAUAUUUGUGGCGCUGGGAAUCGGCAUCUUCCUGUCUCUUUUGGGCGCCUUCAUAGAGGUUUUUCUAUACGUCAUCAAACGAGAUUCGGCGCAGGUUGGGAACCUCAUCUUAAUCAUUUAUCGUCAUAGUCCCUUGGAGAAGCACUUGCUGGAGAAUUCAGGGAAGUCUUCGGUCUCAGCAUCUCAAAGUCUUCAGAUUUGCAAACUU